AUGUCAAAGACUCUUCGGGUGUCUAGACAAUGGUGUUCUUUGAAAUCACCUUUGCAUCUUCAUUUACAAUUACGUACUGUUCAUAAUGAUACCAAGCUAUCUACAAAUCUACAAAAAUUACAUUCUCAAUUGAAAAAAGAUGAACUACUAGAUGAUAAAACCCCUGAUUAUGUUCGGUUGAUCUUACGAUCUUCAGUUUAUGAAGUUAUCAAUGAAUCUCCAAUGACUAAAGGUAUCGGAUUAUCUUCCAAAUUGAAUUCUCAAAUUCAAUUGAAAAGAGAAGAUUUACUACCUGUCUUUUCAUUUAAGAUGCGUGGUGCUUAUAAUAUGGUUGCUAAGUUAGACGAAACACAAAGGAAACAAGGCGUCAUUGCUUGUUCUGCUGGUAAUCAUGCUCAAGGUGUAGCUUAUGCUGCAAAACAUCUUGGUAUCCCAGCUACUAUUGUGAUGCCAGUCUCUACACCUUCUAUUAAAUAUGAAAACGUCUCUAGAUUAGGUUCUCAAGUGGUUCUGUAUGGUAAUGAUUUUGAUUCCUCUAAGGGUGAAUGUGAAAGACUUUGUGAAGAAAGAGGGUUGGUCAAUAUUCCACCAUUUGAUCAUCCUUAUGUUAUUGCUGGUCAAGGUACUGUGGCUAUGGAAAUCUUAAGACAAGUAAAAAAUUCCGCCAAGAUUGGUGCUGUCUUUGUACCUGUUGGUGGUGGUGGGUUAGUUGCUGGUAUUGGUGCAUAUUUGAAAAGAAUUGCUCCUCAUAUUAAAAUUGUUGGUGUAGAGACUUAUGAUGCUGCUACUUUAAAGACUUCCUUAGACAAUGGUAAGAGAACUGAAUUAAAUACUGUUGGUACCUUUGCAGAUGGUACUGCGGUUAAGAUGAUUGGUGAAGAAACAUUUAGAGUCUCUAAGGAUGUAGUUGAUGAAAUAGUUCUUGUCAAUACUGAUGAAUUAUGUGCUGCAGUUAAAGAUAUUUUCGAAGAUACAAGAAGUAUUGUAGAACCAUCAGGUGCACUCUCUGUAGCUGGGUUGAAAAAAUAUGUUCAACACCUACAUCCAGAAAUUGAUCAUUCUAAGCAAAUCUACGUCCCAAUUUUAUCAGGUGCCAAUAUGAAUUUUGAUCGUUUAAGAUUUGUUUCUGAAAGAGCUGUUCUUGGUGAAGGUAAAGAAGUGUUUUUCUUGGUGACCAUCCCAGAUACUCCUGGUUCAUUUAAACAAUUACAAAAAAUCAUUCAUCCAAGAGCUGUCACUGAAUUCUCAUACCGUUAUAACGAACACCGUCCUGAAAUCAAUAGUGAUGCUACAAAAGAACAAGUACCAAAUGCUUAUAUAUAUACAUCCUUUAAUGUUGUUGAUAGAGAAAGAGAAGUUCCAGAGAUUUUAAGCAAAUUGAAAGCCAUUGGAUUUGAUGCUAUUGAUAUUUCCGAUAAUGAAAUGGCCAAAUCUCAUGGUAGAUAUUUAGUCGGCGGUGCCUCUAAAGUACCCAAUGAAAGAAUUGUCUCAUUUGAAUUCCCAGAAAGACCAGGUGCGUUAACUAAUUUCUUGGAUCAUUUAAGUGAAUCGUGGAAUUUGACAUUAUUCCAUUAUAGAAACCAUGGUUCUGACGUCGGUAAAAUCUUAACCGGUAUUUCAGUUCCUGAAACUGAUGAAGCAGAAUUCCAAAAAUUCUUGGAUGAUUUGGGUUACCGUUAUGGCAUAGAAACAGACAAUAUUGUAUUUCAAAAAUUAUUGAAAUUUUAA